AUGGCACCUUUAAAAUCUACCCAGGCCCCUGUUGACGUCUCCAGCGACGAGUCUACUUCGUCAUUGGAGGCGAUUCGCGAACGGGCAAGUCGUAGGAGGAAAACAGGAAUAUUUGACGGUUUCAAGAUAUGUAUUAUUAGUGUCAAGUUCAAACCACAGGAGAUUGGGGAGCUUACCGACGUGUGUGAGGAGCAUGGCGGAAGGAUGGAAGCAAACGCCGACGCUGCCGACAUUGUCCUCACAAAAAUUGGAACCAGGGCGCGCUUGGAGCGUCAUAUCGCUUGGGAGGCUGCCGUGAGCUGUCUUUCCACUAUCACGGGUCAACAUAGCGCUGACAUUCCAGGGAAGCAAAUGCGUGUUGUUGUGGGACCAGAAUAUUUAACCGACUGCAUACAGCAAAAUAAACUGCUGGACUGCACACCAUAUGUCGCCGUCGAUGGCUUGGUUCCCCCUGCAUCUGUACCGAAGCCGAGUCGCUCCCCCAAGAAGGGUUUAGGGACGAAGAAUUCGCCAAUCGAACUCUCAGACUCCGAGUCUUUCGAUGCUGCUGCACUUCCCCGAUACUGCUGUCAGAGACAGACGCCAUUGGUUUGCAAGAAUAGCGAACUCAUCGCUCAGCUUGCGAUGAUUAGGCAGAAUCGCUGGCUGGAAGGCGAUGAUAUGAAGGCUCUAGCUCACUCACGAGCCAUCGCGUCGAUCAAAGCGUUCCCUAACAAGAUCGAAACGAUCGAAGAGAUUGAGAAGCUUCCGUAUGUCGGAAAAAGCACCCUCAACCGAGUCUCGGAGUUCCUUGGGCGAGGUUUCAUCGAAGAGGCUCGGCAUCUCGAAAAGAAUGAACGCUUCCAAGUGCUGUCCGACUUUACGACCGUCUAUGGCAUUGGCCCGGUCAAAGCACGGGCCUUUUUGCAUCAGAAUAUUAAGACUUUUGGCGACUUGGAGCGCUAUUACAGGCGCCAGCUCAUGUCCGGUAAAGACACGGAGAAUGCACAGGGAAUGCUCAACUCGCUUGCUGCCCGUGAGGAUUUCCGACUCAAGAUCUCUCGCGCAGAAGUGGAAGAAGUUGCACGAAUCAUUGCGAACGAACUCGAGAUAAUCCAGCCAGGGUUUAUCCAUACAAUAACGGGAGGAUACCGCCGUGGAAAGGAGGAGAGCAACGAUAUCGACAUUGUUUUCUCCCAUAAGGAGAUUGGUCAUGGUCGAGGGGCUUUGCAGAGCUUGGUGUCCAGACUGAAAGCUCAAGGAAUUAUCACGCAUACUCUGCGUAAGAAUGUUCACCUCGUUUAUGACUUGCUGUUGAUGAGGUUCCCAUUAGCCGCAACAUCGUUUCGAACGCCUGGCUCCAUGAAAGCAUAUACAAAGGAAAAGGCACUGGAACGAGCACUAUGCGUAAUCAAGCUACCUGACGACUCGCCAUCGUUUCCGUACAAUGUCUCUGGGCAGCCACGCAAACUUCGUCGACUCGAUCUCAUUUUCGCUCCCCUCGAGACUUAUUGGUGUGCGGUUGUAGGAUGGACCGGGUCAAUCAUGUUCGAACGAGAUUUGCGCAGUUGGUGCAAAGACAAGCUGCAAUAUAAGUUUGACAGCAGUGGUCUGAUUAGACGUUCCGACCUUCAAUGCAUUCCAGUACACUCUGAACGGCAUCUCUUCCAACUAUUGGGGCUCAGUUAUGUCCCUCCACAUCUCCGAAACUGCGAUUACUGA